AUGGACACCUGCUUGUCCCUCGAGGUUGUUCAGUGUCGUCAGUUCGAUCCGGUCAGUGGGCCAUUCAGCAUGAACAACCAGCGCGUCGACUCACAAUCUGUAUAUUCCAUUGGCAGUGAAAAGAAUUUAGUGUCUGUAAAAUCUAGAAGGACUUAUUUCAAAACAAAAAGGAAGAAAUGUGGUCUAUUUGAAACUUCACUCAUUUUCGUUAUUGUUGCUUUAUCGUUAGCAAUCUUCCUUCUCAUAAUGUUGCAUACGAAAUCACUGCGAUCUAAUGUAUGUGAAAAUGAGGACUGUAUGCGAAUAGCUGCUAGUCUGAAAGAAUCUAUGGAUACAUCUGUAGAUCCAUGUGAUGACUUCUACAAGUACGCUUGCGGUAGAUGGCCUCAAUCACAUCCAUUACCUGAGAGCAGUUUAACGAAUUCCUGGUUCAGUGAAAGAAGCAAUCGAGUAACAAGAGUGAUUAGGGACUUGUUACGCGAGAAUUCCACGGCUCACGUUCCUUGGGCUGUCAGGCAGGCGAAGACGUUGUAUCAAAGUUGCAUGGAUUUAGAAUCUUUGAAUGCUUUGGGCCUCAUGCCUUUAUUAAGUUUGUUGGAAGAGUUAGACUUGCCUCAAAUUCCUGCAGCUUUCACGCAAAAUACCACAGAUUUUGUUCGGCAAAUGGCAAGAGUCAAGCGCGUCCUUGGAAAGGAUGUAUUUUUUGGCUUGGAUGUAUAUCCUGAUCCUAGGAAUAGAACUAGGAAUGUGAUGAUUCUGGAUAUUCCAACCAUAGAGACUCCAUUUCCAAAUGACAAAGAAUUACAAAAACGAUUGCACAAAUGGAAAAAGCACAUGCGAAAUUUGGAGGAGGAACUUGACGAGGAGGAAAUUGUUUCAGCUUCAAUAGAAAGAAAUUAUAUGAUAGAUGUUAUGAAAGAAGUUCUUAGUAAUGGAACUGUUGAAUAUGGGUCUUGUAAAUUGAAGAAAUCGUCUUCCUUUUCACGUGAACAAGAAGUAAGCACAGUCGUCAAUGAUAUUUAUGAGCUGAGCGGGGUAUUUUUUCGCUUAUCGCAUUCCGAUAAUUAUACUUCGAUUACCGAGGAGGAGAUAACGGAUGAAGAUUAUAUGCAAAUUGAUGAUUUGCAAACACUGACAGAUGAAUACAUCAGAUCUGUGAAUUCAUCUGUGACGUCACGAAAAAUUUGGAGGCCGUUUCUCGAAGAAGUUUUCAGGGAUAUUUUGACAUUAGAUAAGGAAGAUAGGAUAUUAGUAGCAGACAUUGAGUACCUGAAAAAAGUAGCCCUCGUAUUAUCUUCCACUGAAGAAACACUAUUAGAAACGGUUGUCUGGUGGAGUGUAGUUGAUAUUGUGACUCCUUAUUCUUCUAAAGAUCUAAGAAAAGUGUGGUCCAAUUACCUGGAUGAGAUAAUGCAAGUUGAAAUUGGCGAACCAAGGUCCCUAAACUGUGCUAAGGCUGUGAAUGAAUUAAUGGGAAUGGCAGUUUCCUGGUUGUUUGUCGAUCCACUUUUUCAUGAAGAAACUGAUCAGAAAGUCCUUGAGAUGUUACGGUACAUAAAACAAUCAUUUCACUCUAUGGUUUAUAACUCUGAUUGGAUGGAUAAAAGAACAAAAUUAGCUACAUAUGGAAAAAUAAAGCAAAUGACGUCCGUCACUGGAUAUCCAAACUGGCUCUUUAAUAAACAAGAAAUCAAUCAAUAUUAUGAAGGCAUAGAUCUCUCGAUGAACGAAUAUUUAGAAAAUAUGAUGCAAUUAAUCCGCAUUAGGAGUUCGGCCCAAUUAGAAGAACUUCAUGAUAUAAAUCCGGAUAAUCAACCUUACUGGGCGACUGAUCCAACUGAUGUGAAUGCCUUCCAUACCUUCCAAGCGAACCAGAUAACCAUUCCAGCUGGAAUCUUGCAAUUUCCAUUUUACAACUUGGGCCUCGAGGCCCUAAACUAUGGAGCAAUUGGUGCAGUAAUUGGUCAUGAAUUAACUCAUGGUUUUGAUAAUAGUGGAAGACAAUACGACGGUGAUGGGAAUGUGCGCCAAUGGUGGACCAGUGAUACUAUUGCUGAAUAUAACAAACGGGCAAAAUGUUUUGUUGCACAAUAUAGCAGUUACUAUGAAGAAGAGAUUAAUGAGUACAUUGAUGGCGAUUUAACAUUGGGGGAAAAUAUUGCCGACAAUAGCGGCUUGAAAGAAGCCGCCAAAGCCUAUGAGAUUUGGAAGGCCAGUCAUGGUAAAGAACCUUUACUUCCGGGAUUCACCAAUUUUACCCACGAACAACUUCUAUUUUUGGGAUUUGCUCACCUUUGGUGCGAAAAUUACUCAGCUUCUUCCUUAAAAUGGAUGCUGCAAGAUACUCAUUCUCCAGGUCACGUACGACUACGUGUAGUCCUGAGGAAUUCUGAAGAAUUCAGUGACGCUUGGAAAUGUCCUUUGGGAUCCAACAUGAAUCCCGUCAAAAAAUGUCGUCUGUGGUGACCAAUCACCAACUCAUGACUUUAAAAAUGCUUCAAAUCUGUGUGGAGUUGAGCAAGCGUGUUUUUCAGAAACUAGCAAAUUUAAAUCAAAUUUGACUCAUAUUUUAACAUUUUGAAUCAGUUUUAGGGUCCGUCCAUAAACUAUGUUACAAAUUAUUUAAAUUUUAGACUUCACAUCUCAAAAUACUUUGUUAAUAGGAGGAAUAGAGUUAUUUUUAAAGAAAA